CUCGGGACGGGAGCUCAGUCGAUUGAUGGAGUUUUCGGACGGUUGUUGAGCUAUAGCUUUCUGUGCAUCGUGAGCAUCCACGCGGUUCUUCAAUUGAAUAUAGUAUACCUCAUUUGCUGGUGUCGAAAUUCUGGUGAAAGAUAGUGUGUAUUGAAUCGGUCGGUCCAGUACUACUUAUUUAUUGGCGGAAGUAUUUUCCGCACAUAAUACAAAUUGUUUCAUUGUUGGAUGGUGGCCACAUUCUUCGAGGAAAGUGAGCAACAGGUUCUCUACUGUAAGGGCUAAGGAGUGUGUGUGCUUUGGGGGACACUGGAGACCGUGUCCCAGAUAUUUUGUUGUACGAUUUCCUUAGUCGUUGUUGCCAAGAGAGCAAGAAUUAUGCCCCAGAGAACCAAGUGCAAAUUGAAAUUGUUUAGUAAAAAGUUUUCCAAUUAACCAAGCGUAACCGUCGAAAGAGCUUUCUGCCGUUGUGGCAAUCCGUGCGUCUGUACCGGUUUUCGAGCGCCUAGAAAGUUGUCGCUACAUCGGAAACCUUGGAAGCGGAAAAAUAGGGUUUGUCCUUCUCGCGGAAUUCCGUCCAAUUUGCGAGUGCGAAUUUUCGCUAGUCUUCGAACCCUCCCGGCACGGUUUACAUGACUGACUGUAAGGGACGGCAAAGUCCCCCCGGAGUCAAUCAUCGCCAAAGAGUCCCCCGAAGAAGCGUCCAGCUUCGGUGGAUCAAACCGAGCCUCACGGUUCUACGCUGGGCUGGUGGACAACACCUUCUUCCUCAGCGACACCCCAGACUGCAACUGAGUGCAUUCUUCAAGGAGAGUGUUACAUGAUGAUGAGUGACUGACUAGUGACUACCUUAAAGCAACCUCCCUAAAAAAAUUCGACCGGCAGUGCUGAUAAAGAAUUCGAUCUGUGACGAGGAAACCCGCGAGUGUCUACUUUAGAAAUCGUUUCUGGGCAAUACAAGAAGUUAGAUGUGACUGUACAACGUUGUGCGCCAUCGUUUGGGAGAAGUUUCCAGAAGCAGUUAUCAACCUCCCUGAAAACUGAGCGCUUUAUCGACUGUGAAGUGACGCAACGCCCAUCGGUGAUUGUGAAGGUAUAUUUUGGUUUUGUUUUGCUGUGGCGACUAGUUCCAACCUCUAUGGAGUUUCAGCUAGACAGCGCAGAGUACUGCCAGGCACAACACAAAUAAGCUACACGCCCCCGCAGCCACCUCGUGGAUCUCGUCGUGGCCAUCCCAAAAUUGUAAAUUAUUUUUUUAAAAGUCAAAAUCCAUCAUCAGCUAGAUAACUCAACAACGCAAUUAUCACCAAUCUUCCGAAGAAAAAAAAAUCAUCCCAAGCCCUUUGGUGGUGGCGUCGUCGUCCUCGUCGUCAUCCUGAGACCUUAGGCUGGAGAGAGCUCUAGGCUGCAGCAUCCUGGUCACCUCAUCGAGUGCAUCAACCACCACCUUCAUCUAGAAGCAGCGGCAGCAGCCACCAAUUUUGGCACAGCGAUUUACAUCAAUUCACUUAUUCAUUCAUAGCCCCUCCCACGCGCUCUGCAAGGAAGAAGCGCCCUUAGGAACGGUUCAAUUUUUCCCUCUCGUACGUUCGUUCGUUCGAAGUUUGGUGUUGGAAGGACGUGCUUGUGCAGCAGAUUUAGUCAGUUUCCAGUGGAAGAAUCUUUUUUUUACGAAAAAGCAUAAGAACGGUUUCCGGUUGCCCAUCUUUGUUGGGACCGCAAGAAAGGAAAAUUCAUAUCCAUCAAUCGCUGUGAAGGAGACUGGACUCUGGUGAAGUAAACACAGGAAGACGAAGAAGAAGGAAGAAGGCAAGAGAUAACACAACACAAAUUGGAAGCAGGCUGAAGAUAGCACUCCCGCAUACUUACCCAAGUUUGAUUCGUUACGUUUCGUUCCGUUUCGGGACAAGUGUCAAUCAGAUUUGAAGUCCCUUUUUGGGAGGUGUGAAUUUGUGUGGCGAUAGAGCAAAAACAUCAGUUUGCAAGCAUCCCUCAACGGCAACCCUUUACCGUUAAUUGUCCAUUAGUGCAAAUUUGGAAGAACGAGCAGUUCGAUUUUGGACAUCGGAAAAACAUUUCUGAGGUAAUCCCAAAUUUGACACACAACGACAAGAAACGGGAAGCGAUCGUCACAAUAAGGAAGGCAGCCGAAGGAUAAAGAUAAACUGAGGAAAAGCCAUCAGCUGUACUGUACUGAACCCAGUUCUAUAUCGAGAUCCCGACACUGAGGCAGAGAACUUUUGCUGUGACAGUUGAUUCAUCACCAUCAUCAUCACUGUUGUUCCGAUUGUUGACACACGAGAACGAACGAGAUAUUCUCCGUCUCGAGAGAUCGGAAGGGAUUCAUCUUGGAAGCGCACCAGCAGAUAAGACCGAUCUCCUGCUCCGAACCCAUCAAAAAUCAUCCGGAGAACUGUGUGAUAUCGUGGCUGCCUGGGCAGAUCCGAGAUUCUGUGGUGCAAAAAUUCCGACGCAAUUUGGUGUUCCGAAGUGAAAUAAGAGUGAUCCCAUCUGACUUAGAUUUCGUGAAAUCGAACCGAGAAAAGCGUACCGAAGCAAAACAGUGGAAAAUAAUCUAUCGAAUUGUUCUAUAAUUUGUGAUAUAGUAUACAGCUUAUUUGUUUUAAGAAUUUGAUUUUAAUCUUGUGUGCGUCGUAAGGAAGGUAGAAGCUAUUCCGUGGGGCUUGUUGGAUUUUUGCCAAUUUCGGUUUUUGAACAAGCAUCCAGUAGGGCCGGUGUGUUAUCAUCGUAAUUCAGGAUCCAGAAAGGAAAACAAGGCGAGGAUAUCUAUCUAUCUAACCCCACAAAGUCAUCAAAGCAGCUACAACGACGGCAGCGGCAUCCGUAAGCGAGCGACCGAGAGGGGACAAUUUGCGGCAGCCACUGCGGACCCUUCAGCUUCAGCAGCAGCAGGGAUCGGCAACAACUAACUUUCGAGGCGGCGGACAACGAUUAAUGACAACCGUCAUCAUGCGUCAGAAGGACAUUCGACCUGCUCCGGCCCGGAUCGAGUUUAAGGGCAUGAAGUUCCUGAUCACCGACCGUCCAUCGGAUCACAAUAUCCACUCCUAUAUUGCGGAGCUUAAGAAGCACAACGUGGUGGUGGUGGUUCGCGUCUGCGAGCCCAGCUACAAGAUCGAGGAGCUGGCCAGCCAGGGCAUCGUGGUGCGGGACCUGGCCUUCGAGGAUGGCACCUUCCCGCCGCAGAACAUCGUCGACGAGUGGUUUGAAAUUUUGAAGCAAAACUUUCUUUACAGAUUCCACGAGGAUACGGAGGCGUGCGUGGCCGUGCAUUGCGUGGCUGGACUCGGCCGGGCACCGGUUCUGGUAGCGCUGGCGUUGAUCGAACUCGGUUUGAAGUAUGAGGCGGCCGUCGAACUGAUUCGGGACAAGAGGAGAGGUGCUAUCAAUGCCAAACAGCUGUCAUACUUAGAGAAGUAUAAGCCCAAGUCACGACUAAAGCACAAAAAUGGUCACAAGAAUUCGUGCUGCGUGCAAUAAAACUAUCAAAAAUCCCACCAGUUAAAGUGUUCAUUUUAAACAAAGAAAAUCUUUAAGAAAACGAAAAAGAAAGCCGAUAGCAGACAGAGUGUGUUAAGAAAAGAAGCAAAUUGUGCAGGACGCGCGCUAGUCUUUUCCCAGAUGGAGCCAGCAUAGCGCGAAUCGUUCCAAUAAUCGUUAGAUCCGGGUCCUUGAGAAGAGCAAAACAUACCUAUAAUUCUAGACUUAAAUAGGAGAAGCGAAACGGUCUGUAAGUCUGUUCGGUUACGAGGUGAAUGUUUCGGGAAAAAAAGUCAGAGAUCGGCAGCUUCUUUACCGAUAUGGUUGGUCAGUUGAAAGUAGGUAACACGAUCGAGAAUAAGAUUGACGUCGUUAGAGCUGUCGGUUAAGGGAAGAAACACAACCCGAAGGAAAACACGCAAACAUACAUUAACAAACUGACAGCAACCACUUGCAAAGUGAAAAGCAAAACCGAAAGGGGAGUCAAGUGAAACUUAUAAGGAAAAUUAUACACGUAACACUAAAUCUAAACAGAAGAAAUCCAACUAAAUAAAAUAAUUGAAUAUAUUAAAGAAAACUAGUAAAAAACAAAUAAACCAAGAUAAACAAAUGCUUAUCCCAUUAUUGUACGAGUAUAUGAAUUAUUGAAACUGGAAGAAGCAUGAUCACUUUUUUAAAACCCAACAAAUGAAACAGCAACCACAAACGAGCAAACUGACAGCACACUGGUCUGGAUCACCACAUACACUAUCUUAUUUAUUUACUUAGCGCAAACUUACAACGGGACUUGAAUCAUGUGAGCCUGAGAAAGGCAAGGAAAUGGUUUGAAAUUGAAACCACAACGCUGAAAGGGGGCUUUCGAUUCCAUAGAUAAAGCUUUAUUUUACAAUUGCUGUACGAAUACUUUGUAACGUAGGGUUUGUUUUCACGAUUGUGGCAAGUUUUCUGAUAAAUUUUUGACCAGUCGGAGUUAUUCGAGCAAUUUUGAAUACCUAGUAGUAAAUCGUUUUUUUUUCGGUUUAGAUCACAUUUUGUUUAAACGAUUAUGAAGAAUAAUAAUGCCGCAAUCGAUUUUAGUUUUCCGAAACAAGAUUGUAAACUUUUCUUGAGCUGAUAGUUUCAACAAGAAUUUGUCUUUAUUAAAGAAGUGUUAAAUUUUAGACGAUUUCUAUCAUUAUCCGUCAGCUCAUAGGAAUUCGCCAAAGUUUGCAGAAUUUCAACGCAAUAUUAUUUAGCAGAUACAAUCAGUUUAAGUAAUUCGAUUGACGCAGUAAUGAUGUUCCUCGACAAAUAAAUCAAAAGUGUUCAGUUAAAAGCUUUGCAGUUGGUAACUUAGCUAAUAAAAAACGGUAUCAGCUUGUAUCUAAGCACCAUUUGCUACCGGGAUAAGUUUAAAUUUACAGCUCUGAUAUUUAUUUCGGAAACAUUCAACAAAACCGACACAAUGCGUUGGUUUCGUCAACACCAAAUAUUCUUAAUACCAACGAAAAACAAACACAAUAGCCCAAUUUAUUGUCCAGCAUUCAGAAAAGCUGGCUGACUUCUAGUUAAAAGGAAAUUAGAACGAAAUAUUUAUAACCUAGUACAAUUCAUUUAGUUAACAUAUACAUAAAAACAUAGAAGAAGUAUGUAUACUUACAAUAAGUCGAAGCCCCCUCGCAGCUUUUCUGUUUCAAACUUUUCAUGUCAGGUGAAAAUGAUCGGUUUUGCCUGAGAUAGGACCCAAGAAAGUCGCACUCGAGAAACACUCCCGAGAACUGACUUUACAUAAAAACUAGGCGGGACAGGUUGAUGUGACUUCUAAUGGGUUCAGGAUUUAUCCGAUAUUUCCGAGAGAAUAAACAGUGUGAAUGUUCCGUUUUCAAAAUUCGCUUAGGUCAACGAUUAUUUUUCACUUUACUGAUCUCUAUUCGAUUGACGACACACAUAUUCCGUAUUCUGAUAUUGAUGUGCUUUGCUCCCGUGAUGAAAGGAAAGAUAAAACCAAACAAUCAAACGGUUGCAACCUAUCUAAACGAAGCGUAUUUUUAUCUAAUCGAAAGUAAAAAACAUCAUAUUCAUAGACGAUAUCAGCAUAUUGAUUGAGAGAGUAUCGGGGAGAGAAAUAUAUUUAAAACAACAAGAUGAACAUCAACAAAAACAACAACUAAUAAGUAUAUAGACGAAUAAAAAGAUUAAAAGUAAACCAAAAUAACCAAGAAAUUCGAAUUGAUCCUUGCAUGUGAAUGUUGACUUACUAUAAGUGGCCGAACGUUUAGGAUGUUAAAAAAAAUUGAUCUUUUCGUUUUGUAUGUCAGCUAAUUCAAAAAAACAAGUGCAUUGUAUGUCAAAAUUCAGCGAAAUGCAGCUGAUUUACGACAACAAUAGAUUUCCCAGUGACCAAAUCUGCUGUAUUCGCAGAAUGGUAUCGUACAGCCAUUCAAAGAGAGUCCAGAUUUGCCUUCAGUAAUUUAUUAACGGAAGGUAACAAAGAAACUAACUUCUAAAUUAUUGAUCAGCAAUAAUGACGAAAGCCCAUUUAUCUUUGGAUCUACAAACAUAUUUACAUAUUUAUUGAACUCUCGGACACAAAGGACUAAAAAAAGGAUUAGAAAAAGAAAAGACAUAUUGUUCAAAGAUCUCAAAGUGACCCUUAUAGGAAAACCAAACAGUUUCUGAGUCGGACAAGAAAGGUGAAUGUUUUGUGACAGGAAGAGAGACACUUAUUUGGAAACCUUCUGUAAGAACAUUCCUGAAUGUAUUAUUGUUCAAUUUCAUUUAAAUUUUGAUUCGGAAAACCAGAAUUGUUCUGGAAGCUGUUGGACUUUGUUAUUGAACUGACCUAUUGAUAUCUUGGUUACAUUUCAAUCAGAGACAUCUAGUUACAGGAAUUACAUACUUCGCGCUGUGCAUUUGAUUAAGAAAUGGUCCGAUUAUUUUCUGCCAUAAACAUUGAAAUUCUCUUAUUUCUGCGAGUAUUGUACGUAACUCUUUGUGUCACGUCCAAUCACCAAUUUUCUGUUGCAAACUCAGAAACGUGAAACUUUUCUACACCAAAAAAAAAAAAAAAAAUAAAACAAAUCUUUUCUCCGUUCAAGGAAAUAGAUUCAUCUUUCGGAGCAGGUUGUCCGCCUUCGGAAAAACAUUCAGCAAAUCUCGCGCGAGAUAAUUUUCCUCAUCUCAGAAGCAAUAAUUCUUGAAAUUUAAAAUCAACUUACGGAAAAACGACAAUUAAUCAUUUUCCAAUCUCGACGAUUCAGUCCUAUUCACCUGACGUUUGAACGGCUUUUUUCCGAUGGUCGUUGUUGGAAAGCUCACUUUCCAGUGUCCCCAUUCUUUUUCGUGGUCCUCAAUGAUCUUCCGAAGCAAACAAAACGCGAAACUCUUUUCCACAUCAUCAGAAAACUUUCUGCUGCGAACGAAUCAAUGUGCAAAGGAGCGACAUCUUUCGGUCGGAUUCUAAAAAUAUGAAGCGAUUAUGCGCCUGAAAGUCGGCCGUACCACAGCUCGUUGUCACUGAUUUGAACACUUUACACUUGACCCACUAAUAUCUCUCCAUCACAUUUUACACGCGUAGAGAACUGGACAAGACGAGGAGAAAAGUAGUAAUAUUAGUGUUUAUUGUAGUUUACUACUCGGUUCCAAAUGAAUCCGAACUUUUCGGUUUUCUGAUUUUAUCAACUUUUUUCAGAGAUGAAGCUUUCUUAAAAGUUUAAAAACAGAUCAGGAGACCUUUCAUACUUUUGCAGAAGGUGAAAUUUUGAAACCACUCUUUAAAAUUUCGUAUUCGUUAGCUGACCAUAAUUACAUAACUGCCACAUGUAUUAUUACGAAAGUUCCCACGUGUCUGUGCGACACUUAUUUCAAUUCCAUCGACAAAUUAUUGUCGUUUUAAAAUUUGAGAAUUUAUGUUUUUUUGUGUAAGGAACUCGGAGAACUGCGAUUUUAUCAUAAGAAUCUUUCAUAGGUUGACGCAGGAAAAACUCACUUUUCGAAGCUGUAUGUGUGUUCAGUUAUGUGACUAUGGGCCAAAGAUUCCUUCUGCUUGAUAAACAAUUAUUUUAACCUUCCCAUGCCGUUCGGGUCAAUAUGACCCGAAGCGCACAUUUAAAAUCUCUUAUCUUCAUUCCAAUAUACUGAAGAACUUGGAAUUUUGACUGACCAAGUAUGUUCUAUGAAAAUAAUGAUCAAAUUAACGUCAAAAAAUUGAAAUUUGAGUUUUGAAAAUCGGUUCAUUGGAAAAUGAAAUACAGCUAAGCAAAGCAAAAAUUGGAUAUCGUUUUUUUAAGUUAGAUUUUUUUUCUACCGGAAGAUCUGAGAUAGCGGUCAAAACUUUCAUUGGACCCCAACAUAUCUAUACACUGUCGGAAAGAUGGAUUCUUGACGAUUUCAAACAUCAAUGAAACACUUAAAUACAGAAAAGCUGUCAAAAGUUAUGAGCAUUUUAAAAAUAAAAUUGAUUUUUCGGACUUUUUACUUUCUGAACCAGUUUCUGUUAACUUGGUAAUACAUAUCGACUUUAUUUUAAAAUUUUGAGUAAUGAGAACAAAUUACCUACACAAUGAAUAUAAUAUCAUUAAAAUCGGUUAACAUUUACAGUCAGGAGAACGAAAUCAAACUACAACUCAAAUUUCCCCGAAACGGAUAUUUUGCGAACGGCAUGGGAAGGUUAAAACCGUAAUCGUUAACAAAGCUGUGAACUGUUUUAGACCGCUACUACACAAAUGUUAGGCAAUUUCCAAAACAAUAUAAACAAAAAUCACUACGACGAAACGAAAAUCCAUGUUUUAGAAACCUCUAUUUUGGUGUACAUCCAAAUAAUUAUGAAACAAAAACA